CCCCGAUAAAUCUAGAAAUUUGAAUGGCAUCCCAAUGCGAUACCGUGCGAUGAUGUAUCCCCCUUACACGUAUUACGAGCAAACGAUUCCGGAGCUGGCUAAUGCCCAAUACGAUAUCGAUUACAGUGAUCAAAAUGUGCCUAUAAUGUUAGAUGGUCACGAAAGCUUGGUUUUGGUGGAAUUUUGCCAAAAGUAUAACUGUUCAAUUCAAGUAUAUCCAGAUGACUGGGGAACCGUACUCGAAAACGGAACAGCCACAGGAGCAAUAGGAGCUGUUGCGAAUCGCCAAGCAGAUUUUGUUGUAGGUGCACUCUACUACUGGGUUGAACCAUACAAGCUAUUGACCUACACGUUCCAACUCAGUCGUUCUGGGGUCAACGUGCUCGUACCAAGCCCGCAGAUGCUGCCUCCAUGGCAAACACCUUUUCUGUCCUUCACUAGUCAUCUGUGGAUUGCUGUAUCGGUGGUAUUUUGCAUUGGAGUCGGUUCUGUUUGGCUGGUGGAAAAAAUCCGUCACAAAAUGGUCACUCAAAGCAGCGGAAGAUCUAAAACAUUCAGCGACUCCGUACUCACCAUAACCGGAUUCUUUAUGGAACAAAAUGCUUCGAUGCACAACGAUUUGAUAGCGUGUAUCUUUCUGUACACAUCGUUACUUUUUGCGGGAUACAUGGUUAGUAACAAGUACGGAGCUGGACUAGCCUGUGUGAUGACAAUUCCCCUGUACGAAAAGUCCAUCGAAACCCCCAAAGACCUAGCGGACAGUGGUAUGCUUUGGGGAGCUGAAGUAGUAGCCUGGGUGAACUCAUUUACGUUAGCCAGCGAAUCCUACCUGCAAACACUGGUGAAAAACUACCGCGUAGAAGAUCUGGACCACCUGAAACAACUAGCAAAAACUCGCGAUUUUGGUUUCGUCGGAGAACACAGCGAGUUUGGACACUUUGUACCGACGGAAUUUCUCGACGAGGAAACUUCCAGGCAAAAAAGACUGCUGUCGAAAGAUCUGCUCUGGCAAAGCUGUACCGCGUACGUGUCCAAGACGUGCCCCUUCAAAUCUCGGCUCAACGACCUCAUCAUGGAAAUCCGCCAGUCGGGCGUCCAACACUUCUGGGAACUUCGGGCAGUGAACAGAUAUCUGGGUACAAACCUCCAGCGGAACAUUCUAAGGGGGCAUCUUUUCGGCACGGACAGUGAAGCUGAAAUUCUAACUGUGUCACAUUUUCUGGGUGCAUUUUUCCUCCUUACUUUGGGGCACGUUUCUGGAUUUCUAUUUUUGUUCGCGGAAUUACUCUCAUCGAAAUUUACCAUGCUACUUUCAAAAGAUUUCCUUCCGCAUACCUUCAGUUUCGAUUCUACAAUGAACACAUCAAGCUUUUUCCAACAUUUUGAUACUUCAGAUUAUUCCUAUGUUGCGAACUUUUUCAAUAAUUUAAUACUGUCACAUUUCUCAGCUUAUUACUGCUUCUGCAUAAUUCAACCGGUUGAUUUCGAUGUAUUUUUCAACGUGGAAAGUCCCUCAAUGGUCAUCACAGAGGAUCAGCAGUUUUUGCAUCAUUUCCAAAAUGGCGUUGACGGUGGAUGCCAGGCCUUUAUCGUCCAAGGGGAAUCUGCAAUCUUUGGAUUUUUGGAUGCCUUUUUUGAAGUUCACGAGCUUUCAGAACAACGAACCUCCAGCAAGAAGCUGGUCGCAGUAGUGGAAAACUUUGACUCGAUUGAACGAAUUUGCAACCAUUCAGCUAUAACCGAACUACCAGAUGUAUUAUUCGUGGUGUUGUUGCGCGAAAGGAACUCGGAUGUCCAGCUGUUUACAACCGAAACGUUCAGCGACGGUUCAAGAGGAUCAAAGAUCACCCGAAUAGUUCCUGUGACGGAUGAAAACUACUUUCCUGAAAAGGGUGCCGACUUCAAAGGUGUACCGAUUCGGAUGCGUACCUUGGAUUACCCUCCCUUCUCGUAUUAUGAGGAAACGACGCUCGAUAAGGCCAAUGCUCGUUACGACCCACAGUACGGGACGCCCGACACUCCACUGCUGGUUGAUGGCCAAGAACCUUUGAUACUGGUGGAAUUUUGUCGAUUAUACAACUGCACCAUUGAGGCCUUUUUCGAUGAGGAUGAGCUUUGGGGAGAGGUCUUCGAGAACCACACGGGCACCGGAAUGCUUGGAGCGGUACUUAGACGAGAGGCCGACUAUGCCGUGGCUGCCAUCUAUUGCUGGGAAGAGCCAUAUAGAUUCGUUACGUAUACCGCACCCUUGAGUAGAUCCGGUAUCACCGUGCUUGUCCCCAAACCGCAAUUACUCGCACCAUGGCGAACUCCUUUGCUGUCGUUUAGCAGCAUGCUUUGGCUUGCCGUUGGGGCAGCGUUCUGUCUGGGAAUCUUCGCAGUCUGGAUCAGCGAUGGCAUUCGAGUUCGUGUGACCGGAUCCAACGGUCAAGCUAAAACAUUCAGCGACUCUGUGCUGGUCCUCACCGGAUUCUUCAUGGAGCAAGGUUCGGACAUGCAUAACGAUUUGAUGUCCAGCAUAUUCCUCUAUUCGACGUUACUUUUCGCUGGAUUCAUGAUCGGCAACAUGUACGGAGCCGGACUGGCAAGUACCAUGACAAUCCCUCAGUAUGAAAAACCGAUUGAUACCACGUAUGAUUUGGCUGCGAGUGGAAUGCUGUGGGCUGCAACUGCUGUGAAUUGGAUACUUUCCAUCAUGACUUCAACGCAGCCCCACCUCCAAACACUUGUUGAAAACUACAGAAUAUUAGACACUGAGGAAUUGAUUGAACACCGGACCAAACGUGAUCUCGGCUACGUCGGCGAGCGCAGCGAAUUCGACCACUUUAGUCCGGUUGACUUUUUGGACGAGGAAUCUUCCCUGCUGUUGCAACUGCUGAAGGAUGAUCUGUUCUGGCAGACCUGCAUCGCAGCCAUUACCAAAACUUGGCCCUUCAAAGAGCGCUUGAACGAUCUUAUCAUGAGGGUUGACCAGUCAGGCAUUCAGUACUACUGGGAGGCACAGACCGUAGUCCGAUACAUGAACACCAAAAUUCAGCGCAACCUACUGUACAGCAGACAGAUGGAGACCGAGGGUGAGGCGGAAGUUUUGACAGUGUCGCACUUUUUGGGUGCAUUCAUGAUUCUUGGGUUUGGAUCUACGUUUGGUACAGCUGUGUUUGUAUUUGAAACAUUUGUACACUACAAGUUUAAAUCAUCAAAUAAAUAGACACAAUUCUUGAACUU